UCAGGUGAGUUCAUGCAUGAAACUGCGCGAGAGUGCAGUCGAAUAUUCUAGGCUGAGACGAACUCUACUAAAACUAUUCAGAGAUCAAUAAAUAGCAAAAUGUUGUAAAUGGAUAUUACUUACUUUUUGCACAAAGCUGGGGUAGCUCAGUUGUUUAGAACGUGUGGCUGUUAACCACAAGGUCGGGAGGUUAGACCCCUCUCUCUAGCGCUUACGAAUGAAUUCCUAGGAUUCCUUUUUAUGCCAUCUAAAGAUUCUAAACAAACACAACUUGACGCAUCAAUGACGACCGUUCAUGAUAGUUAAACGAAACACUCCCACUACCACAUAAUGUUUUGUUCUACUUGUACGCGCCUAUAUGUGGUAUAGCUAAACUAAACUGCCAAAGCGGGUACGUUCAUCAGUUUAAAGUUCAUGAAACAUCAGUUUUUGCAUCACGUUUUUCUUCCAACUACAUAGGGGUAUAGAUUUUGAUGCAAACAUUCCUAAAACAUUGAUCAGGUUGGCUUACGCUGGAUCACGUUCUAUACAGCUUAAAUCUUCUAAUGUCGGAUCACGUCCAGGGCCGUGCUUACCCAUAUGAAAAAGAGGAAAUGGCACGCCCCUUAUUUAAACACUAAAACUUAGAGCCCCACUUUAACAACGACAACAGAAAAAUUUGAUCGAUUAGCUUAUGUUUUAUAGAAGUUUUUGUUAGAAUAAUUUGUAAUUAUUAUACAUAAGUUCCAUACAUAUACUUCCUUUUUCUGUCUUACCAUUUGAGAAGCAAAAAAGAUCUUCUUUAUUAUGUCACUUUUGUUGUUUUAUUUUUAUGAUUUUUAACAUUUUUUCUCAUUACUUUAAAUGUAAUUAUUUGUUUCCUAAACUGUUUAAAUAAUUUACACAGAAAAAGACAUACAAAUAAAUAUAUAUGUAUAUUAUAAAAAAUUUGCAUGAUAUAUGAUAUUUAAUAACGAUAAUCAUGAAGUAAUAUUUUUAAACACCAAAAUACGAGAAUUUUAAUUGAAUUUUAGUAUUGACUUUUCAUUUGUAAUUUUUAAAAGAAUAAUGUUCUCUUUUUUUGAAUCAAAAGAAUAAUGUUAGUUUAGUUAUAGCUUUUUGUUGGAAAUGACUUAGGCCGGGUACUGAUCACGUCGCUAGUGACUUAUUCCGGUGAUGGCAUGAUUACGACAAAAUUGACACAUGAUUAUAUGAUAUUUUUGGGAAGAUUUUCAUAUAAAUAAUUAGGAAUUUAGAAUACAAUUGACAAUAUAUUAAGUGGACAUUAAUUCAUAUCAAACUAGAUUUUUAUCCUUAAAAUAAAAUAGGACUAGAAUAGAAUCCGCGCAAUGUGCGGUAACGUUUCAUUUUAAACAUUUAUUUUGCGCGGCUAAGUUUCAUUUUAAACAAUUAUUUUGAUUUAUAGAUUCUUUGAGUUCGUAUUUUUUUAUCUUUAAAAAGGAUCGGACGUCGUCCCUGGAAUCUAAAAAUCAAAUAUUAGUCUUUGCAUACGGAGUAUCAGCCAUAAGUCAAUAUCAACUCUUACUCUAAAUGAGUCAUCCUAAACUACUAAUUGUAAUCUUAAUUUUCUAUUCCAUCCAGCUUUAAAUCGUUAGAAAUUUUUUUAUAAAUAUUUUAUAUUAUAAAAUUUAAAUUGAUUAGAUGAACCCGUGUUUGAUAGUUCAAAAGUAAAAUAUAACAUAUGAAAUCCAAAAUAUAACUUUAAUUAAAUAGAUUAGAUAUAUUUUAAUUUUUUAUUUCAAAUACAAAUGAAUAUUUUUAAAAAAAUUCUAACAAAAUAUUUUAAAUUUUUAUUCCCAAAAAUUAAUUAAUUUAAAUUUCAGUUAUCAGUAAAAUAUAAUUAAAUUAUUUGAUGUGAUUUUAAUUUUUAUUUUUAAAUCAAAACUGAAUUAAUUUUAUAUUUAAUUAUAUUUUAAUAAUAAUCAGAAUUUAAACUAAUUAAAUAUGAAAAUAAAUUGCAAAUAGUGUUUUUAAAUAUUUUGUUUGAAUUUUAUAAGGAAAGUUGCUUAUUUGUAUAUCAAAUAAAAGAUUAAGAUAUUAAUGAUAUUGUAAUUAAAUUAUGUAUAAUUUAAUAAUUUUUCUAAGACAUGGUCCAAAUAAAAGAUCACACAUAAAAAGUCAUAAGACUUUAAUUUAAUAAGUUAGAUAUUGCAAAAACUUUCAUUUUAAAUAUAAUAUAAUAUAUAUUGAUUUUUUUAACGUUUUUAAUUUUGCAUUCACACUUGUUUUUAGUUUCAUUAUAAUUACAUUUAAAAUUAGAAAUAACUUUAUAAGUUUAAUGAAAGUUUAUAUAAAUAUUACAUAUGAAAGUUAAAAUAGUUAACCCACCAUUUUAACAUCUUUCGCAUUAUUUCUAAUUUUAACCUUUUUUAACACAUCAUAUUGAUAUUUCCUAAAAUAUAGGUAAAUGGGAACGAUUUUUUAUAUAUUUUAAAGUGCUAAUACAUUUAAUAUAUAAUUGAUUAAUAAUUAAAAAAAGAUUCUGUCUGAUUUUCUGUUUAAAUGUUGUAUAUUAAAUGAUUAAUAUAAAAUAUAACAUAAAACAUGUUAAACAAAUGGUCCUACAAUGACUUUUAAAUAGUAGAUAAAAAAUAGAACCCUAAAUUAAUAGAUUAGAUGAUAGUUUAGCAAAGAAAAAACAAUAAAUAAUAGGAUGAUAAUCGUUGCUCGAUUCGACUUGCAUAUCGGUUUUACAAAAGUGGUUUUCACGUCUUAGCCACGAAUGCUCCGCACGAGUUUAGUUUCAUUUCCUUAACUAGGUCAACAAAUUUCUGUACUAAUAAAAAAAAGGUAAGUAAAUUUUUGUUUUUACUAACAUGUAUAGAUGUCAUGCAGAUUUUUGGCCAGCAGGCAGCAGAUGGUCAUGAUACAAUGAUACAUGCCAUUCUGAUAUAUUUGAGCAGUGUUCGACUUUUUUCCUUUUAUUAAUAUAUAUAGUACACACAUUACCAGAUAAUACGGAUAUGCAUUGUAUAUAUGUAUAUAUUUACGAGAAUAAUAAUUUCGAUUUUUUUUGUAACCAUCUAUUCGGCAGAAAAUCAAAUGCGAGGAACAGAUUCUGAAAGUCAUUGGUUUUAGAUCAGUACUAUAAAACACGAAUAACAUGAUUAUCAAAUUUCUUAUGAGUUUUUUUUUUGACAAAAGGCUUGCAUAUUUAUAUAUAAAAGAAAGCAAAUGUUUUACAAGCACAUGCAUAUAUUCAUGGCUAUAGACCCACCUUAGUUAACAAACCAUCAUUAAACCCAUAAUUAAAAAGAUCAGAUUUGGCCCAAAUAGCCCAAGUAACUGAAUCGACUUCCAAGUUCGCUAAUCUCAAUUACGAUGCCGUCGAAAGCCAAAGCUGCAUAUAGCGAGAAGAGAUGAUCGGAGAAUCAAACCUGUAACCGCUGAUGCGAUCGGUGAUCUGACGUGUGAUCAGUUUGAUGACCGCAUCCUGAGAGCGGUAUUGAUUGUUGUGUAACCUUUUGUUCCUCUCCUGCCAUACCCAGUAUAUCGUCGAUUGCCAACAUAACAAUUGGUUGCAGGUGACAUCUUCUGGAAAUCUCCACCCAAAUUCCCCAACUGUACGGACACAGAUAGAAUAAAUGUAUGAGUUAAGAAUGCAACUAUAUAUGUUUCACUGAUUGCUGAUGAUAUAUUAUGACGAUAAAUUUUGGAAGUUGUAUAUCAAAAAUCCAAAUUUAAAAAGGUACGGAUUAUUAUUGGAGUCUGCGACAAAGAAUGCGAGGAUAUAGUAAAUCAUAUAAUUUGUUGAUUCUGCAAUCUGAAACAAGAGUUAUGAUAUUUUUAUAGUAUUAAUGUCUUGAUUUUGGUUUUGUGUGAUAAAGGAGGAGAGACGGCAAUGGCGGAGCAACGAACAAGAUUGCUGCAUCAGACCUUUAAUAAGAUUCAAAAAAAAAAAAUUCAUAAAAAAAAACUCAUAUAAAAAUGAACAACUUGGUGGAUAUCUAAUUAGUAGUACUUCGGAUAACCGUAAAGUUAGCAAACCAAAUCUGAUCAAAAUAUGUAAAUACUCAGAGGUUGGAUAUCCCUAAACCUAAACACAGUUUAGAACCCCGAAACACCCGAACCAAACUCAAACUCGAACGGACCCAUAUCUCUAAGUAGGGACUCACAAUUCUAGACAGAAUUUGAACGUCUAUUUAACAACGAUUUUUGAAUCAGAAUUUUGUUUGUUACAAAUAUAUGUAACAUAAUAAAUAUAGUUUUAACAAUGUUAUUUAUAUUUUUUUGUAAAAUUAUUCUAGUAAGUUAUAUUUAUUUGGAAUGGACUAAAAUAUAGUAUAUGUUUUUUGAUUUGCAUCGGUUGUACAAUAGUGGUUCUCACGAUGAAUUAAGUAAUAAAAAAAAAGAUUUUAGUCAUUCCAACGACGUAUUAUGGUCGGAUUAUUUUUAUACUGACCAUUCUGAUUUAUAUGGUUUUUCUUAUAAGUAUUAUUUGGCUUUUGUUGUUACUUUAAGAAUGUUCAAUUCUUUAAUAUAUGUACUCUUCGAGAUUUGGUCAAUAUAUCUAUGUUAUCAUUCGAUAAUUCUAAUAAUGCAAAUUUCAAGAUAUCUCUAUAUAUACACAUGAUGUACUUUUUGAGAACUCACAAACGAAGUAAUAGGAAUUCACAAUAAAAAUAACUUAAACCUUUGUUUUUGCCGGUGUUAGACAAUGGUCAUGAUCUACAUUAACAAAGUUCCCGCAGCGGUUGCUAUAGCGCUGCUGUUUCUAGUGGUUGUGAUCGCGCCUCAGUGGACAAAGGCACAGCCACUGCCGCCAUUCCCGCCGAUGUCGCCACUGCCGCCACUCCCGCCAAUGUCGCCACUGCCGCCACUACCGCCAAUGUCGCCACUGCCACCACUCCCGCCAAUGUCGCCACUGCCACCAAUGCCGAAGGUGGAUCCAGUGUGCACGACAGCGAUCCUUGAUAUCGUCCAAAAUUGCUACUCAACGUUGAGUGCGGUACCAUCGGAAGAAUGUUGCAAUGGUCUCAAAUCGGCGAGCAAGACACAAGUGACUUGUCUAUGCGACAAUUUUAUCGCACAUCCUGUCUUCAGCAACUUGACCCGACCUUACUACGACCAAGUUAGUAACGCAUGUGGUGUUCUUGACAAAUACGCCUGCAAUGGUACAGGUGAAGGAGGAGAUUCUAAAGGAGGAGAUCCGAAAGGAGGAGACGGUAACGCAGGAGCAAUCAACAAGAUUGCUGGAUCAAUGGGUCUAUUUGGAUUGAUUACAUGUCUGUUCUUCCUUUUGUUUUAAUUUAAUUCAGUUAAUACAACUUGGGUUUGCCAAGCUGAAAAUUCGAAACUCAUACGUUUGUUUGAUUGCUUCUGUAACCAUGGUUUCCAAUAUGAUGUUCUUCGAGUCAGAAAAUUUAUAUUAUU